AUGACCUCUCCCCGAUCGCCUGGAGAUGGCGCCCCUACCACCGGGUCUACCCCAACUUCGGCCACAAGUGACCUGUCUCUUGGCGACUGCGAUCCGAUGAAGGGCCACGAUUUCAUCCUCUCGGACGCGGAAUUCGAGUCCCCGGACAGUGAUCUGCCCGGGUCUCCGGAGGUCCCGCCCGGGACUCUCGACAAUGAGCCGGCGAAAGCCAACACCCCGAGCACUGGGCCGUGCGUGUCGGAUGUGCCUGACGCCAAUGCCAGUGCUGGGAAAGAUGGCUCGGAUGCCAGCAUGGCGGAUGUCCCCGAGGCCCAGGGGUCCGGCAGCGACCCGGCAACCAGUCACCCCAUCAAGUCCGAGCCCGACGACUUGCAAGCACCGGAGUCGCUCCCGACUGGCGAGACGGCAGCCGGUGUGGAGGCCCCCUCGACCGAAUCGGUGGCCGAUGGAUCGGGCUUCCUGAAUGAGACGCUCCCGGCGGGCACCGAGAUGACCGAGACCGAGCUGCCACUUGGCCAGCUCUUCUACGACUCGCCCUUCGAGGUGGCGCGGCUGAGCUCCCCAGCCCCCGAGGGCACCACCGGGCCGCCGGAUAUCACACGCGCGCUGCUGGUGGUGAACAAUGGCUCGCCGCAGUCCAUGCGCCUGUUGAUUGCAGCGCGGUCGCUCUUCCGCAAGCAGCUGCCCAACAUGCCGCCGGAGUAUGUCACGCGCUUGGUGCUGGACUGGCGGCACCGGACGCUGGUGCUCAUUCGCGACCCCCGGCCCCCGGAGGAGGAGACCACCCUGGCCAAUGGGCGAUACCCGCGAGACAUUUUGCUUGGUGCCAUCACCUACCGGCCGUUCGAUGUGGCUCGCAUCGGGGAGAUCGUCUUCUGUGCCGUGCACUCGGACCAGCAACAAGUCCGCGGCCAUGGCGCUCGACUGAUGUCGGCUUUGGCGUCGCACGCGCGCCGGCAUACCCCCCUGCGGUAUUGGCUCACCUAUGCCGACAACCAUGCAGUCGGGUACUUCCGCAAGCAGGGCUUCACCACGAACAUCACCCUGCCUCGGACUAAGAUCGGAAGAGCACACGUCUAUGCCGACAACCAUGCAGUCGGGUACUUCCGCAAGCAGGGCUUCACCACGAACAUCACCCUGCCUCGGUUCCGCUGGGCCGGCCGCAUCAAGGACUAUGAUGGCGGUACGCUGAUGCAGUGUGCCCUGCUUCCGCUCGGGGCCACGGCCCCGGGUGGGGUUCUUGGCAGCCUGGCGGCCCCGGUUCGGCCGGAUCUGCCCCUCGAGCACUUGAAUGCCGAUUUGCUGGACGGGGCCACAGCGGCGGACCCCUUCGGGCUUGGGGUGUCCUUGUCGGGGCCCGGGGCUUCGCCCACCGCCGUCACCGGGCCCGCGGCCAUUGCCGCUGCCUCGAAGGAGGAGAGCCAGAACGAUUAUGCUCACUGGCGAUCGGUGGUCCAGCGUCAGAAGAAGUAUGUCCAUGCGGCCAUUCGCAUGAUGGGCCAGUCGCAUAUGGUCCAUGCUGGGCUGGAGUUCGCCCGGCUCGGGUCUGGCAUGUGCGAGGAGGUGCCGGGGUACUCUGGGGUUCCGGCUCGUGUGGGAGCCCUCCCGGCCGGGCACCCAAGCCCGGGGGAUGAUCCGACCGAGGCGGCGGCGAGCAUCACCGCCUCGGCGGCGGCCGAGCCAGGCUCCGACGGGGCGGGGGCCGCCCCGCUGGCCGGACUGUCGCCGGCCGUGCUGGAUGCCCUGGUUGCCGAGCACCGAGCCCGGCCCUUGCGCGACCCGGCCGCCACCUUUCCCGUUCGUCGUGUGUCCAUUGCUUCGAUUCCGGGCAUUGCUGAAGCUGGCUGGGAGUCAACGGAUUUGCCAGCCCGGCGCCCUGGGCCCGACCCGUGGGCCGACCGCCGGGGAGCUGGCCCGCGGUCUCCCCUCCGCGCGGUUCUUCGUCGUCUGCUCCGUUUGAUUCAGUCCAAGAGUUUCUCUUGGCCCUUCCGCCAGCCGGUCAACGUCGAGGACGUCACCGACUAUUUGGAUGUCAUCAAGGAGCCAAUGGACCUGCGCACCAUGGAGGAAAAGCUCAACUCGGAGAACCCGGUGCACUACCAGUCGAUCGACGCCUUCCAUCGAGAUCUGUCGCUCAUUUUCGAGAACUGCUGGAAGUACAACCUCGAGUCGACGACCUACUACAAGUGCGCCACGGAACUGCAUGACUUCGCCAAGGUCGCCAUACAGGAGGCUGCUCGUGAUUUGGACCGGUUGACGCGAAGCCUCGGCCUGCAGCCCGGCGGGCCGCGGUCGAUGCAGGCACUAGCCGGGUCCGGACGCCCGCCAUCACGCGUGCACCCGACCGCCGACUUCCUGCCCCCGGCGGGCGGCGGGGACCUCGGGGACGGGCUUUCCCCCUCGGAUCCGCGCUUCUCCAUACAGGUGGACUCGUCGCCGGUCGACCGGCACUCUUUCGAGGAUGACUUCUCGCCGCUGCCCGGGGCCAUCAACAAGCGCCGGCAUUUGUCACUGGGAGCCGAUGGCGACCGCUCCGGCCAUGGCGGCGGGGCGCCGGCUGCCCACCACCAUCACCACCAUCACCACUCUCACCACCAUCACUCGCCGUCGUCCGGCAAAUCGCGUGACCCGCGGAAGGGCCGGUCCAAACGCGGUGUCCGCGGCCCGGGCCCCGGCGGCCCGGCCGGCGGCAUGCUCCAUCCCGAUGAGGGAUUCUCCGACACGGAUACAUACUACUCGGAUGAUCCGAUCGAUGUGAGUGAGUCCUCCGGCGGAGGUGGUGGUCGUGGGGCGGCCUUCGCCGGGGCCGGGGGUCGGUCUCGGCGCCCGCGCAAACGCCUGCUCGACGAGUCGGAUGAGGAUUUCUCGGACUCGCCUUCCUCGGCCCCGCGUUCGGAUGACUCCUUCAGCGAUGUGGGCCAUCGGCACCGGCGCAUCCGCCGGGCUGUCGACGCGGAAUAUGCCACCGAUGAAGAGUCCACCAGUGGGCACUACUCCAGCAGGCACUCGGCAUCCGGCCACGAUGGGCACCGCUACCAUUCGGCAUCGCAGACGUCGCAUGGGGGCCACCACUCGGAUCGGGAGCACACCGGGCGUGGCCGACCCAGUCGGCCGCAUUCGCCGCCUUGA